AUACUCAAAUGUCCCCUCCUCGAUUCUAUCUAUAUGGCGCUGGUCCUGCCCACAGGAGAUGCGAGCGGAGGAGUCGAGGAGGGGAACCGAGGAGAGAGGAGGGGAAGCAGCUAUGGAAGCAGCAGGCGUUUAGAGAAAUGAGAAAUCCUCUUCUCUGAGCGGUCUGAGACGUCCGUUAAUGAUGACAGGAGGCACAUCCUAUUUACUUUUAAUUCAUUGACAGUGCGGCUACAGAUGCGGACAUAUACGACAGUACACACGUUCAGAGGAUGAAGCUGUUAACGUGCUGCUACCAUAAACUGAAAUAGAAUGAUCAAGUUAUUAUAACAAAUAACAAACUCCAGUGUUAUAAUUCCAUAUUCAUAAAUAAAAUGACAAGUUCUUACGUUGAGUCUGGAAUUUCUGGAAUUUCUACAUCUACAUUCUAAAUCAUCAGUAAAGUCUCCGACCAUAUUUCGGAGGGAAAUGCUACAUAUUAACUUUCUAUUUUAUGCAUUUCACUUCUUCAUUAACAUUCCUUAAUUAACACUUCACUUUCCUGACACAGUUACACUAACAUACAUUCACUGUCGUAACAUACAUUCACUGUCGAUUGCUAUUUUUUUUUUAUAUUCUUUGCGGAAUUUGGCCGUGUAAAAUGUCCUCUUGGGUUGCCGUACAGCCAAUGCAAAACGUCAUUGGCCCCUACAAUGGAUCCAGCGGGAGAGCCCCCAUCGAUGUUAUGGGGUUUGGACCCGAUCUUUUCUGCUUUCGCCAGGCUGUAUGUCAGAGACAUCCUGCAGAUGACAGAGUCCACACAGGUGCCAGGUAUUUACUUCUACAACUCCCAUCCAAUUUACAAGGUUGAUGUACUUGGGACAGUGGUUUACCAGAGAGAAAGAGAAGACUUCUUCUGUUAUGGAGUGGAUGAUGGUACUGGCGUGAUAAACUGCCUAUGCUGGAAAAAUGACUUGUUCAAAGAAGAGGAAAAUUCUUCGAAAUCAAGUGUAAAACCCAGUGACGGGGGCUUUAACCCGGGGAGUGAGCUGAAGAAGCUGAGGCAGGCGCAGCAGAGCCGCUGCCGGCUGGAGAUCGGAGAGCUGCUCCGGGUCAGAGGACCGGUGAAGACAUCCAGACAACAGAGAGAAAUCAUGGCCUCCUGCUUCUAUAAAGUGAACGACCCAGUGAUGGCGGUCCAGAUAGCGUGGAUGAUGGAGGUUCCUCAGCUCUACAGGCAGUGUUAUGACAAACCACUUCAGCUGCAACCUACAGCAACCGGUGAAUCAGCUGUCAGUUCCAUCGGCAAGGCAACCAAUAUCAUCAAGGAUUUCUUUAAGCAGAAGUCGGUGAGCAGGUUCAGGCCGUAUGAUGUCCAGGACCUCCUGCAGCCUCUGAUCCCUAGACAGCCUCAAACUGCACCAGCAGACCAGGAGCCCGUGGCGGGUCCAUCUGCAUGCCAGCAGCUCCGGCAGCUCCUCAAGGAUGCCCUGAAAAUUCUUCAGGAUGAGGGUAUUGUUUACCGCAAGGUCAAAUCCCAGGAUGAGCUUUAUCAUGUGACUGCACAGGACAAAGAUCUACUCAUAGCCGUCAAAGAUAUCAUCAGGGAGGACUGCAAGAGAGAGAAGUAUGCAGAGAAGGGUUGCCACAUCCUGCACAUCCUGUCUGCAGUCAGGCAGCGCUACAGCCUGAAUGUGAGCAGAGCGGCACUGGAGCUGGUCCUCAAAUCACUGGAGUGCAACAGUGACGUCGUCAGCACCAGCGACAGCCAUUACACUGUGUUUUAACUUAGGCACAGUUUGGCUGUAUAUAUAUAUAUAUAUAUAUAUAUAUACUAUAUGUAGUAUGGCCUGUUACUCCAAAAUGCGAGCAUCCAAUUGAAAUA